AGAACUUGAAAUGGCUGAUGAAAAGUUAAAUGAAACGCCUAUUCUUAAGUCUGCCAGAGCUGUCCAGCUUUAUGAAGACAUUCAAAGGCAUCGCUUGGGAAUAGUGCAAUCUUUGGCGGCUGUAAAAUCAGAAGCUGAAGAUAUACAGGACAAAUUAAAGCAUCGCAUGAUGCCGCCUUUUUUUGGUUCUUCUCCGCAGAUUUUGCAGCGUACCAGUGAGGUAAUCAAGGAGCGGCCAUUCACAGCUAUAGGCAGCAUGUGUUUGCUUGGUUUUAUCAGUGCCGCUGCUUGCAGCGGGAAGAAACAAGGGCAACAAAAGCCCAACGGAAAUGAAAAGAUCCACUCUAUAACUGAUACCGUUGUAUCAGAGGCGAAAAAUACUUUGCGUGUUGUUAUUAGCGCUCUUUUUGAAUCAUUCCGCAGGCAGAUGAAUGCAAGUCGAGGAGAUUAUGCACAUAAUGGGCAUGAUCGAUCGCCGGCUGUAAACGGCGGUCAGCAGAUUAUAAAUCCUGAUAAUGAUCCGGAAGAAGUUUCGAAACGAUUCGUUUUCAGCGACUCUGCGGCCACAGCUGUUUUGGCUGUGCUGGGUUUGAUUGGGCUACUAUAUAUUCCAAGAUUAUUUGCCGUGUUGGCAGUGCUAUUUCUCUUUAUCGGGGGAGUGUCGGGUCUCGGCAUUGUUUUGACGGGACCUCUGGAAAUCUGGACACAGAAGUUGCCCGAGCAGAUAAGAGUGAUAGAGACCAAAGCCCAUCAAUGGAAUCGAUCGUUUAAAACAGUUACGGAAACCGCACAAAAAAUUGAGGGGAUAACCGACGUAGGGCCGCCGGUACCGGAAGUUAAAGUUAAGAAUAGUUCAUUACUCGAAA